GCUUCGGGAAGGAGGAGCCGAAGCAGCCAGGAUCGGGGAUCCACAUUAGCGCGGAGAGGGAUUGACUUAGAUUGCGACAAGUCCACACGGUCACGCCUGCUUUAUAUAGCCACUGGCCAGUUUUGCAGACCUUAAUGUGAAGGGGAUACACCGAAGAACAGUUUUAUGUAUUUUAUCAUUUUUCCAUGGCGCCGUCGGAUUAGCAGAAUUGCUGAACUGCACGCGAUAAGGAAAAACUAAACUGGACUACAUGGAAAAGAAAUCUGGAUAAUACUUAUAGCAAAAAUGUUUGAGUAUAUUAACGUUUUAAAGUCUUUAGUGGGGUAGAAGAAACGUCUGAAAAUAUAAGACAGUUGAAAUUACAUGUAUCUGGGCACUUAACUGCCAAGAGCUAUGGAGAAGAUAUACACACUGUAAACGUCAAACAUACUCUGCAUUUUGAGAUGAAUCGUCCUUUAAAAACUUAACAUUUUUUUGGAUUAUUUAUUGACCUUCCUGUUCGACACACCGGACAUCGAAGAGAAAAUGCUGGCCUGCAUGAUCUUCUUUUACUCCUUUACUAUUUCUGCUACCUCUCAAAGCAUCCAUCCUUCCAAGCCAUCAGCGAAAACAUCAUGCGACAGUUUGUGCACUUGCACAGAAAAAGAUGGUAUUUUAUAUGUAAACUGUGAGCAAAGAAAUAUUACUAGAAUUUCCGAAAUCAAAGUGCCACUAGCCAUUCCAUUCCACCUAAAUCUGCACAAAAAUGACCUAGUGGAGCUGCACGCCGAAGACUUAAGUGAUUUCAGGAAUGCAGUCUCCCUUCAUUUUGGAGCUAACAGUAUACAAGAGCUGGAGCCAGGAAUUUUCAGUGGGUUUAGCUCACUUAAGAAGUUGCAUAUCAACAGAAAUUUCUUGGUCAUGUUAAAAGAGGACACUUUUCAAGGCUUGGUCAAUUUGGAGUACCUUCAAGCAGAUACAAACUUUAUUCGAGUUAUUGAACCUGGGGCAUUUAGCAAGCUUGUUCGGCUAAAAGUUCUCAUACUGAAUGACAAUUCAAUCGAGUUUAUGCCCAGAAACAUUUUUCGAUUUGUGCCCUUGACCCAUUUAGAUGUGCGUGGAAACCAGCUGCAGUCUCUUCCUUAUGUGGGCUUUCUUGAGCACAUUGGCCGCAUUAUGGAGUUGCUGCUGGAUGACAAUGACUGGGUAUGCGAUUGUGAGAUAAUGCCUCUAAAAAUCUGGAUGGAGAAUAUGCGCACAUUGUCUGCCAUCAGUGAGGUGGUUUGCGUUGCCCCCCCACAUCUAAAGGGCAGCCUUUUGGGCAAGGUGAAGAAGGAUGUGCUGUGUCCCUCUCAUGCUGACCUGGAGGAACCUUCCAAGCCAUCAGACAUGGAAGUGACGGCCACCCCAAAAGUCCUGCAAAAUCCAAAAGCGACGGAUCAUGGGAAGAUCCCAACACCAGCACUUGUACCGGGGAAGUUCUGUAUUGAACAGUGUUCUUGCCAUAGUUAUCCCAUGGCAGGUUUCUUAGUUCACUGUCAGGAUCAAGGUAUCCAAAAGAUCUCUGAUCUUGGAUUACCAUUACAGAGCCCAACAAAGCUUGUACUGACAGGAAAUAUGAUUCAAACACUCCUAAAAUAUGACUUUGUGGCAUAUGAAAGUUUAGAAUUACUGAAUUUGGCAAACAACCAAAUUUAUUAUAUAGAUAAUGAAGCUUUUCUCAGUUUAGGCCAUCUCAAUAAGUUGUAUCUGAAUGGCAACAAACUUAAUCAGUUAUCAUCAAGUAUGUUUGUUGGACUCCAUAACCUUGAGUAUUUGUACUUGGAAUACAAUGUAAUUAAAGACAUUCUCCCUGGGACCUUUAACACUGUGCCGAAUCUCAAACUUUUGUCAUUAAACAACAAUCUCCUGCAAACUCUUCCAUCACAAAUAUUUCAAAAUGUGCCACUUUCCAAAUUGAAUUUGAGGAAAAAUCUCUUCAUGCACAUUCCUGUUAACGAUGUGUUGGAUCAGCUUGAUUCUCUGGAGCAGAUUUAUUUGGAAGAAAACCCAUGGGACUGUACUUGUGACUUGAUUGGCUUUAAACAAUGGGUAGAGAAGCUUGGGAAAGAUACAGUAGUGGGUGCUAUUUUAUGUCACUCCCCAAGGAAAACAGCCAAGAUGGAACUGAGGACUCUGAGACAUGACGCCAUAUGCCCCAGCCUAGUGACAUACAGCUUUGUGCCAACAGAGGAGGAUAAUGGAGAUGUGACAACCACUUCUACCACAACAAACACCAUGAGGGGCUUCUUUCAUUCUCUCAGAGACACCAUCCCCCUUUCAGUGUUAAUUCUUAGCUUGUUGAUCCUUUUUCUCAUUAUUGUUUUUUGUACUGCUGGAAUUAUUGUCUUGAUCUUGCACCGUCGACGUAAGUCAAUGAAGGAACAAGUCGAGGACCAGCCUAGGGAAAAUAGUCCUAUACACCUGCAAUACAGGAUGUUUGGCCAGAAAACCACUCAUCAUGUAGCAUCAAGGCCGAGAAUGGACAUGUAUGAUGGGGCGACAUGCAGCCCUAUAAUUCAGGUGUGCAGAAAUCCCACCUAUUGUGCUCGUCAGAAAGAGCAAGAACUGGUUGAGCAUGAUAUGGUGGAGCCAAAGCAUAUUUGUAGGGUUCUCCUGGAGAAGAAGAAUGAGUCACCCCUUACAGGAUCACAUAUGAAAUUUAGAGCUGUGACAGACUACCCAUCAGACUUUGUUACCCUCGGUGACACAAACUGCUUGUACCGGAACAUUAUUGAGUGUGAAAGGGAGCUCCAGCAACUUGGAAUCACAGAGUGCCUCAGGAAGAACAUCUCCCAGCUACAGCCUACAUUGGAUGUUCCUGGUCAGGGAAGACAUGAGGAACUGAAAUUAAUGGAGACAAUCAUGUACACAAGACCAAGAAAAGUCAUGGUUGAACAAACAAAAAAUGAAUAUUUUGAACUGAAAGCAAAUUUACAGACAGAGCCUGACUACCUUGAGGUCCUGGAACAUCAGACAACAUGUAACUGAAAAAAUAUAUUUACAAGUUUUUUUUUUAAUAUAUAUAAAGUGCCUUUGGAAACUGGUUUCUUUUAAAAUGUACUUUCCAUAUUCUUGUGAAAUCCAAAGCAUCAAUAUUAUAUUUGAACUCAGUUUCAGCAGGUGAUUGUUGAAAAAGGGGGUUGAAAACUAAUAAAAGAGUCCACACACCUGCAGAAAGUUUUUAUCUAGGUAGUUUCAUGAGAAAUGUUUUGUAUUCUGGCAAACCCACAAGCUGUCUUUCUUGGUCAUUGGUAUUAUUCCAUUGAAUUUCAGAAACAGUUGUCAUACAAACAAACAAAUAAAUAUGCCAAGUUACAUGGAGGAUGAAACUGAAUACCAGAUAACAUGCCAUUUUUAGUUUUACAAUGCAAAUAUGAGCAAGUUAUCAUAUAUAUUGUGAAUUUGCAUUUUAAACUAAGAAUUAAAAAUGAAUUACAAAAAUUGGUAAAAUUAAUCUUUCCUGAAUUUCUCAGUAUCUGAAUGUCUAGGGUCAGAAAAGCACUUACUGCGAAUAUGAAUAUGUAAUGUGUGUGUAUGUAUAUAUAGUGGUAAUAUUUACUGUAAUAUCUUUUAAUGAUAAGAAUUGCACUACCCAGAAUACCAUUGGGCAUGACAAUCUUUAAUACUGCUGAAUAAUAUUUGGUAAGACUAUACUUAAGGUCAUGUUUUUAGUAAUUUAUAAAUGCAUUCAUAACAAAUAAUAACAAAUAAUAAUGCAUUCAUAAACUUGGCUAUACAUAUUUAUCAAAAGGCAUAAUGCAUUAUAGACAUGUGAAUAAUCCGUUAUUAAUGCUUUUUGAUGCAUUAUAUGCAUUAUAUGCAUUAUAAAUACAUUUACAACAAAUUAUAAUGGUACUUAUAAGUGUUAAGGAUGCUUUGUACUGCAUCUGUCUAUGACAUCUUUAAUGCAUUAUAAAUGAGAGCUUCAUAAGGCAGUCAUAAUGCAUAAUAAACAUAACAGUAAUAUGCCUUUUUAUAAGUAUUUAUAUCCAUUUUUGAAUGCUUUUUGAAUGUGUUAUGUUACAUUAUGAAUGUGUUUAAAUUACUAAAAACAUGGCUUUAAGUAAGGUGUUACGUAAUAUUUUUUUGUUUUAAAAUAUAACCAACACAUAUACCCUACUGUAUUUGCUAGAAGAAAACAACUAUGCUAGUAUCAUCUGUAAUUUUAUGUUGAAACAUGCAUAUAUGAAUGAUACUUAAUAGCAUGUUAUUUUUGGACUAAACAUCUGUGGCCAACUUUUCCUUUUUUAAUAGCACAGCUUUAUUGUAUGCCAGUGUAGAUUUAUUUAAAAUAUUUAUUCAUCUUUGGUUUGUGUAUAUCUUCACAUAUAUUUGUUUUGUGUGCCUUUAAUGUUGUAAAGAUAGAACUUAUGUGAACUGUAUAUAAAGGUUUAUAAUACAAAGGAAAAGGCAUUCUUCAUCACUGUGUUUAUAACACAAUAAGGCACUGUACACCAUUUUCCCUUUCUUUGACAAAGUAGUUUAUCGGGUGGCAGUUGACAGAAUAAAUUUCACUGAUACCAUUCUUUCUUUCUUUUUUUUAACCUGACACUCAAAUGCAAGAGGAGUGAAUUCAAGCAAUUCAGGCUACCUGUAAAGUGGAUUGCAUAGUGUAGUUUCAUUAUAAAUCAACGGACAUCAACGGUAUCGUUUUAUUUGACUGUUUAACUUUUCUAUUGGGUAAUGAUGUUAUAAAAUUGUUGUUAUUUUCAUGCCACUUAUUCAAAAACAACCGAGAAAGGCUUUUUCGGUUUUAAAAUGUCAAAUACUCCAAUUGGCAGUUUAUUUUAAACGAUGUGAUAAGAUCAGAAAAAGGUACAAUAUUAAUCUUAAUUGUGAAUUUUAGCAUCAAAUUUAGCUAGGUCACUGAAAACUGAGACAAGAUCAUUCAAGUUAACCCAGAUAUUUUUCUUUAUAUUUUAUGAUUACUUGUAAGAAUAAUUGUUCGAGUACUCUCUUGUCUGUAAGUAAUCACAGAUAUAUUUUUCUCUUUGAACAGUCAAGUUCACUAGAAAGAACCCUAGGGGUCCGUUUUCAAUCAAAGAAUUUCAAUAAGACAAAUAAUAUUUGGGAGGAACAGUAUUCAUCCUGCUGGUAAAUACACUGUAGCCGGAACAGGUCACCUUUUGCACCUUUGAUUCUUGGUAUGAUCUUAGGUGCCACCUUGCAAACAAUAUCUGUCUACACAGCAUAUAAUUAAUUCUGUUACCCUCAUUUAAUGAAUCAGUAAUUCUUCAGAUUAGGGACAAAACAGGUUUUGAUUUUCUAAAAAAAUAUUUAGAUUAUUUUUAAAAUCUAUAAAUACAGCUUUGUUAAUUAAAUGAGGUUAUAGUUGUCUAAACAUGUUUUGGUACAACCUCCCAGUAUAUUUUUUAAAGUAAUUGCAUAUUUGUUGGAACAGCACUCAGUUUUUGUCAACACCAUCAGACGUGGAAAUGUUUACAGUAUAAAAUUGUUCAAAAUUAACUUAUUACAAGUAUUUUGAGUCAUCAGUUUUUUUGGUCCCUUUGGUAGAGAAUUAUGUGUUCUGAAAGAGUACCAGCUUGCUUCUCCAAGUUUGGUGUGAAAAUGAACAUCCUCUGUUCACUCCUCAAUGUGGUUCCACUGCUUCCAUUCCACCUGUGUUUUCCCUUCUCUGGAGAAACACCAGGUCCAUAAAAGACAAGAUUCACUCACUGGAGAGCAACACAGAAGUUGGAAACUCUCUUCAAACUUGCUACUUUCCACAGCAUUGAAUGACUUUAGGACCUCAAGUAUUAAUUUUGCAUUCUCAUGGUUUUGAGACUGACAUAUCUCUCAAUCUGAGGCUCUUGGAGGUAUGAUGUAAAAUGGGCGCAGUGCACAGAAGGAUGAAUAACUCAUCCUUUGACACUUUACUUUCUCCCUGGUGAUGAUGUCUUUUUUGUCUGUGGUUAACCCUGCAUUGAUUUCCAAAAACUUCUGAACACUUAAUGAGAUGGUCGGGAGGAACCUGGGCUUCCUUUGAUUUUUAUGUAUUUAUUUAUUUAUUUAUUU